AUGCGAAUAGUAGCACGGUUAAAACAAAAGGUGAAAUUCACACCAUCUAAUCUAAUCAAGUUAGCCAUAGGAGUCGUUGACGCAGGUCUCGAGGAUUUCCUACGACCGAUGAACCACGGUGCAACCACUUGGUUAUCUAUGGCAAUGAAUACAAUUGGAAGUGUAUGCCUCCAUCCAGUCAAGAAAGAACCUCCAAUCGUUGUAAAUCGCCUUGGCAACCUAGCACACACCUGUGAACUCAUUAACAAGAACCUCCGCGAUAUCCGCUCCAUGAAACGUUUUGAUUGCCACAUGAUCAUUUCACUUAACCGCUAUAUGACUGCAGAUAAUAAAGACGAUCCAUUUUCUGGAUGA